AUGGCGCCUCCACCACCACUUCCAUCUAUUUACAAGAGACAAAUUCCACCUCAACAUAAACAUUGGAAAGAGUUUACUAGGCCUGCAACAACAACAGAUUUUAGCAAAGUAAAGGAGGCAUAUGCUGCCGGUGACUACACUACUGUUAUCGAGUUACUUGACUCGAAAAUGUUUCAUAACAUUGGUCAAAGAAGUAAGGGUAUUGCUACUACUCCUAACGCCGCCAUGUUUCAAAAAGAAUACGUUCUAUUGGUUCGUGCAAUGUGUUCACAACAACUUAGAGAUUUUGAUCAUAAGAAAGAUCAAAAACUAUGCAACAUAUUGGCACUUUGGCUGAAAAGUUUAGCAUUAGAAUCUUUGGAGAGAUGGGAGCUUGCUAAUAGGGACUUGACUACGUUGAAAUCAAUGAUCAUUAAUACGCUUAGCAAUAAUCUGAAAUUUAACAAGGACAGCUUAUUAUCGAUUCUUUUGCCUUAUAUGGUACCUUUGGUAUUACAAUGCAAUAAUAACGCAUGGAUCGUUAAUUUAAGAUGUGUCAACGAUAAACUACGCUUCAUCAUGAAUAUGUUGACGGUAAAACAAAAGUCCUUGUCAAAUGGUGGUGAUGGUCAAUUGUCGUCGUCAAUGAUCAAUCCUCCUCGUUUGAUAGACGACGAUGGAAAAUCAUCAUGUGAUCUGGCAAAAAAGUUUCAUUAUCGUUUAUUGUUGCGAAGACCACUUCACCCAAAUAUUCAUCUUGACAUGUGGUACACCAUGGAUUUGAUGUUUGUUAGUGAAAUGGGAUUGUUUAAAAGAGAGGACAUGUAUGGUGCUGAAGGUUACGCUCUUGCAUGUAAAAUUUUAGAAAUUGGUGAGGUUAAUAUUGAUAAUAACAAAUAUUCGGUUGAGGUGAGACCAAUGAGUUCGGAAUCUUGUGAGUGGAGCGGUUUAACGGCUACUGAUUGGGCCGGUGUUCAAAAAAGUGGCAAAGUUUUAAAUCAACCAGAAAAAUACUUGUAUGUUUAUCCAAUUAUGGAAAUGGCGGAUAAAUCUAUUACUAUUAAUUUGAGCAACGGUGGUCAAGAUAACCACAACAACUACAGUAAUUUUAACAAUUUCAAUAAUUUAAACGAUUUUAAUAGCAACAAUGCCAACAGCAACAAUACCAACGGCAACAAUACCAACGGCAACAGUGCAAAUACCAACAUUCCUGUAGCAUUUGGACCAAUUUUUAUUUCAGAUUGUAAAUCUCAUCCCUCUACCUGUGCACAUCAUCAAGCUGAUAACAAAAAAGAACCAGUAGAAAUUAAAAAAAAAAUUCCUUGGAGUAAUGACGAAUAUUUGAUUGAAAAUUAUCGGAUAUUUGAUCUCCCUAAUGGAAAAAAUUUGUUAAUAAAAGAACUAUGGGAUGUAGGAAUUCCUGGAAAAGUUUGGGAUUCGGCAUUUGUAAUGGUUCAGUUGUUUAGAGAAAAGUUAGCAAACAACAAAAGAUUGUUUGAUAAUAAAAAGAUUUUAGAUUUAUCAUCAGGAAAUGGUUUCGUAGGAACACAUUUAGCAGCUUUAAUUACUGAUCUAAAAGUUUCAAAUGAUUAUAAGAAAAAUGAUGUUGCUGAUAAUGUCAUGACAGAUUUAAAACAUGCUCUACCACUUAUUAAAAAAAACAUUUCCUUGAAUAGAUAUUUAUUAGGUUUGACUGAUAAGAUUUCUAUCAAUGUUGAAUAUUUAAAAUGGGGUGAUCUAAAUAAAGCAAAAAAAUUAGGUACUCUGGAUUAUGUGUUGGCUUCUGAUGUUGUGUAUGAACCUGAACUAUUUGAUUCUUUGGUUCAAACUUUAAAUACUCUCUGUACUCCAAAUCUUACCAAAAUUUAUUUGGGAUAUAAAAGACGCGGACUAACUAAAGACGAAGAAAAGGAUUUCUUUAAUCAAUUGCAAAAAAAUUUCAAUAUGAAAUUAUUGACUAAAGUAGGUGAUAAUAUAGAUGGAGAAGUGUGUGAUGGCGGAAGUAUCGGGGGACAAAUAAAUGAUGUUGGAAUAGUGAAUCUUUAUGAGUUAUGGAAAUGA